AUGCUGACGUGUGAGCCGCGGGAUCACCUGGCAGGCUGUGACGGGCCCAUGCUGCUCACGGUGUGGUCCGGUCCCAUGCAGAGGAAGCAGAAGGGGUGCGGAUCAGCCCCCGCGAUCAGGUUCGGUCACUUCGGGCAGGUCAAGGAUCAAGAGAUCAAGGAUUGGCUCCAUAACUCUAUCUCUCUCUCGUCUCAAAAUGCUCAGUGGAUUUUCACUUCCGCCGCUGAAGAGAAAAGGAUGAUAAUCCCGCUGAGUCCAGGGAACUGGUCUGAGUCCAGCUCCUUCCUGGCCACCAUCUCUCAGCCGGAGGGGAACAGCCUCUCCACCCUGGUCUCUGAGAUCUCCGUCUCUGAACAUCGCAACAUCACCAUAGCAACCAUUGCCACGGUGCUGGAUGUUAGGAACACUAGCACCAGCGGCUCAGGGGGUAUCUCCAACCAGACGUCUCUGUUUGAGAAGAACAUCCGCUCUCAGCAGGACCCCUGCUGGGAGACCUAUGUUGGACAGGAGAUGCUGAAGCUGUCCAUCAUCGACAUGAUCUUCACGGUGGCCAGCAUCCUCCUCAUUGACUUCAUCAGAGGUCUGGUGGUCCGCUACCUCAGUGACUGCUGCUGCUGGGAUUUAGAGAGCAAGUUUCCUGAAUAUGGAGAGUUCAAAAUAGCAGAGAAUGUUUUGCAUCUGAUUUAUAACCAAGGGAUGAUCUGGAUGGGAGCGUUUUUCUCCCCCUGUCUCCCUGCCUUUAACGUGUUGAAGCUGAUUGGUCUGAUGUAUCUGAGGAGCUGGGCCGUGCUCACCUGCAAUGUCCCCCACCAGCAGGUGUUCCGAGCCUCCAGAUCAAACAAUUUCUACGUGGCCAUGCUGCUGUUCAUGCUGUUUCUGUGUAUGCUGCCCACCAUCUUUGCCAUAGUGAGGUACAGACCGUCCCAGCACUGCGGACCAUUCAG